GCCUAGAAACGUCAAGUCUAAGUGAUUGUACUCACAAAAUUAAGAGCAAACCUAGUUUAUAGAAAAUGCCGCGUACAAAAAUAACUAAACGCAAUCGCCAGCAGCUGCGCAUGGAGGCAGACAUCGAUGAAGGAAUACGUAUGGCAGCAGUGAAACUGGACUCCACAUUGGAGCAGAUCGAUGCGCUGACCGAGCGCUACAAGCUGCGAAUGAAGAAUCAGCUACAGCUUAUUUUAACACGCACGCCACAGCAGCUGUUGCAACUAAAGUGGACUGAAUUUCUCAAGCUAGACCUACAGCGCUUUUAUCAAUUUGAGUUGCUUGCACCUACGCCUGUAGCAAAGGACAGCUCGCGUUGUACUCAAUCUCGCACUGCUCAGAAAUCGCAGCUGUUACGCAUCCAAACAAACUCGGUGGCCAGAGCUAUGCCGCAAGGAAGGGAGUGGACCGCCCAAGUUGCUUUUUUACGCUGGCCCAAGCCUGGCGAGGUGGCACUCUCCCAGAGCGGUAGUCCGUUGGCAGUCCAAUCUCUCGAGGAUCGUCGCGCCAGCGUGCAAAUCCCCACCAAGUCUGGAGUUCUAAAGCUGCAGCCACAAGAGCUGUUGAAUGUGAAGAGUGAGGUACUCAAGCAGCUUGAUCAGGCCACUUUAAAUCAAAUUAAAACUUUGCACUCCAAUCUGGACAUGAUUGUGGACAUGGCCACGAAGCUGGGCAAGCUAUAGUGGUUAGAAUAACCUUUUUGGAUUUUAUUCUUAUGUCAAUAA